AUGUCCCUCGAGACCUCGGGAGACAUGGAAGCAGAUACAGCAAGCUCAAGUGCUCCAAUAUCUUCCUCAUCAACGUCUGCAGCCAGCCCAGUGUCGUCUCCUUCGCCACCCCAGACCAGGAGGACGGCCGACCGCUACCCACGAACGUUAUCUAGUCUCCCAGACAAUUCAAGAUUCGAAACAUUUGAAGAAUUACUCACAAAAGCCGGCUAUGCCCACGUUCGAGUGCUGACGCCAAACGCGGAACAGGCCAGAGACGGUGCAACGUAUUCUAGCAGUCAAAAGCACACUCAAAUGGACUCUACAAAUGGCCACACGACGUGGGCAGGUGCUGGUGUAACCGGCAAAGUCGCCAACUUUCUCUCCUGGGCUGUAGGCUAUCACCCUUCCUCAACGUCGGACGGAACAUCGGUUGAGCCAGUUGUUUCGUCCCCAAAUCCACGCGUACAAAAUGCGUCAUCUCCAACUAUUGACGAUCCAAGUGCGUCACGGGCUACAACGCCAGCCAUCGAAAAGCGGAGUGGCUCGCCUAUUAUGCGACUCAAACCAAAGCUCAAUCGCGUCGCGUCUUCGAGCACCUCGUCCUCGACCAAUGUUCGCCCAAAACAGGCCACCGGCAAACUCAGCAGCAGACAUGUGCCUAUACCUAAUCCUCACGGCUCUGUAUCUCCUUUACGAGAUCGUUCAAACGAUCCUCUUUCCUCAAAGCUCCCCACACGACCAGAGGACGAGUCUCCGUUGGCGGCUAUUGGUCGCCCUCCUAUACCCGAAACGUGGCUGGGAGCGUUUAGUAAAGCCAUUUUGAGUCCACGCUCGAAUGUCCGCCAGGACCCAAACUCUAGUGUGGCAUUCCCUGGCGCAGCAGGAGAUGUCUCGAGAGCGCUCGAGGUCUCCCGCAAAAGUCGGCGUAUCACGCACGAUUCGUCUAUGGGGAGACGACCAAAGAUACAACCGUCUGGCAGCUCACGGAGCUCUCAACGCGAGGCUAGGAGACGCAAAAGACUUCCCUCAGAUGUCUUGUUGUCACGCCAUGCAUCAUCUCAGGCACUCCCAAAGGUCAAUCUCGAACCGUCGCCCGUGACAGUGCUUUGCCGCUCUUCAUCCUUGGGUGCUCGCUCACGGCUCAAGAAGAGAACGCUUCCUCUCUUGGCACCGAGUGGAGAUCCUUCUUCAUGGCCGUCGGGUCAACCGUCCGAAUCAUCUCCGCCAUCUGUACCGCGUAUCGCCGUUCAGAGUGCCAAGGCCAGCGGGAAGCAAUCACUCAGAAGGACGGGUUCCACUUCUUCCGCAUAUACACACUCUGUUGCCUCUAGACGGGGGAGCAACUAUGCCAGUCUGUCCAGAGUGGGUUCGUCGUACACCACGUUUUCACGGACUGGCACUGGUGGUACAGGUACGUCGGGGAUGGCAAGUUCGAAUGGGGAGGUAGGGAGUGUUGGACACGGCUCGAUGGCUCCCUCCUAUCGCGACUUUCAGCGACCAGAUGUUCAUGAUACCGCGCUCGCCGGUGAGACCGACGAGGACUCGGACAAUGAACCUCGUCUAGCGAAUAUUGUCGCACCACAUGUCAGUGGUGGCGAAUCGGGUGCAGGACCCGUCGGACGACAGCAGAGCAUCCAGAGUCUCCGCGCGUGUCUUCAGCGGCACAAUUCACGAACGAGUUCACCUGCGGUAGCGACAUUCCCUAAUGGGAUCAGCGAUUCAUAUCCAGAAGAUCACACACCGCGAACCCGUCGCGCCUCUCAUCGUCAGAGUGUCAAACCAGAGCCGCCUAGCACCUCUUAUGCGUCGAAACGGAAUAGCACUGGAGCGUAUAAUCGUUCGGUUCGACACGACCAAGGCGUCUUUGAUGAAUUUGAUCAUCAUAGCGCACCUCGGAGGGUCGAGGGUGCCGAUGGACUUGAUAAUACGCACGAUGACGAAACGGAACGUGGCCGACGCGGGACUCGGUUGCUCAAUAAUUUGGGCAUGGGCAAUCUUCGAUGGCAUUCAGUCUCGGCGUCAUCGUCUCGCGCUGGGACCAAGUCUGCGCUGAGCAGGCAGAGUAGUGCUUCAAGGCUUCGGAAUAAGCCGUCGGAUAAAGAGCUUGAGCGGGAACGACUUUUAUGGGGGACCAGUUGGGGCCGACGAGAAAAGGACAAGACUCAGCAGCAGUGA